CCCGUCGUCCCCCCGCCCCGGGCCCCUCAGUUCACCCAUGCCGCCUCGCACGCCGAAGGGGGGCAUAUAAGAGAUCCGUCGGCUGGCCGGCCUCCGAACCGGUGCCAAUGCAUCCCCGAGAGAAUCGUCGCCCCCCCGCCUGCCUCCUCGCUUCUUCUCUCCCCCCCCCCCCCUGCAGAGCACCAGCCAUGUCGCAGGCUCGCCAGCGCAGCGCCCCCAUCUCCGCGGGGGCCGCCACCAAGCCCGCCGCCAAGCCCACCACCAAGGUUGCCCAGCGCACGGUCCCCAACGACUUCGGCGGCCCGAUCGGCACCGGCUCGCUGAUUGUCCUUCUGCCGGUCAUCGUGGCCUCGCUCUACCUCUUCUGCAAUGAGGAGGUCGGCUGCUCGAUGUUCCCCACCGGCGGCCUGUCCGCCCUUUCGGCUGCCGCGCGCACCUCCAUCGACUCGUUCAUGGCCAAGGCCAGCUGGGAGAGCUUCGGCACCGCCUGGGCGAUCAUCCUCGGCUGGUUCGGCUUCCAUGUCCUCCUGCACUACGUCCUCCCCGGGCCCGUGCGCAAGGGCAUCAUCAAUGACGAUGGCUCGCAGCUGUCCUACCGCAUGAACGGCAUGGCCGAGUUCUUUGUCUCCAUCGGCGCCGUGCUGGCCGCCCACUAUGUCGGCAUCUUCGACCUGACCUACCUGUACCGCGAGUUCGCCAUGCUGGCCGUGGUGGCCGGCAUCUUCGCCUUCCUGCUGGCCAUCUACUCUUACGUCUACAGCGUGUCGGUUGACUGCCUGAAGUCCCACAAUGGCAACUCCGGUGUCUUCAUCUACGACUUCUUCAUGGGCCACGCCCUGACCCCCCGGCUGUUCGGCCUGGACAUCAAGUUCUUCUGCGAGCAGCGCCCUGGCCUGAUCGGCUGGGUGGUGCUGGACAUUGCUUGCCUGCUGCAGCAGUACCGCACUUUCGGCGCCGUCACCCCCGGCAUGGCCCUGGUCACCUUCCUGCACGGCUUCUACGUCUUCGACACCUUCCUCUUCGAGGAGGCCGUCCUCACCACCGUUGACAUCACCACCGAUGGCUUCGGCUUCAUGCUGUCCUUCGGCGAUCUCUGCUGGGUGCCCUUCACCUAUUCGCUGCAGGCCCGCUUCCUGGCCUUCGCCCCCGAGAGCCUGUCCAACAUCUACUACCUGGUGUGCCUGGUGGUCGGUGUGGCUGGGUACCUGAUCUUCCGCUUCUCCAACCUGGAGAAGCACUACUUCCGCCACCACCCGGAUCACCCCCGGUCGAAGGCCCUCAAGUUCAUGCCCACCAAGAGCGGCAGCCGCCUGAUCAUCUCCGGCUGGUGGGGCAUCGCCCGGCACAUCAACUACUUCGGCGAUUGGGUCCUCGGCCUGGCCCAGUGCAUGGCCACCGGCUACACCCACAUCAUCCCCUACUUCUUCGCCUUCUACUUUGCCGGUCUCCUGCUCCACCGCGAGCGCCGCGACGAGGCCAAGUGCAGCGCCAAGUACACCGACGACUGGGACCGCUACUGCAAGCUGGUCCCCUCGCGCAUCAUCCCCGGCAUCUACUAGACGCCGUCCGGGACCACCCCACCUUGUGCACCCGGUGUGCCCCAUGUACCUGGCACAUUUGGUAUGGGCUCCUCCCCCGGCCCCCUGGCGGCCACUGCAUGUGCAUAUGUGCAUGUGUAUGUGCGUGCGUGCGUGCGUGCGU